GGGAGCAGCCAACGUGCUUGGAAAUGCGCAUUGGUGGGCGAAUCAUUCGAAGGAUAUUCAUGAUAUAGGCCAUCCCAAUUCAAUACCAAACCUGAAAGCACUCGGUUCCUAUCCACGCUCACGGUCAUUCUGUCAAGCUGUGCUUAAACACUCUCGUCAGCCCAAAAAAACUUUGUCCAACAUCAGCACUCGGAGCUUGGGCCAUAUCAUUGAAGGCCGAAGCGGUGAUUCCUAGAGAGCUUCCCAGGGCCUGGAGUUACUGUUCUGACAGAGAAUUGCAUUUCCAAAAUGGCACAAUUCAAGCAGUGGGCACUGGAAUAUGUGCUUGCUGACGAUGAGCCUGUGCAGUUACAACUCACCAAGAAAGCCGCCAAGGAGAUUGAGGAUUCCCGAGCAAGCAGCACCGUUGUGGGAAACUGGGCCGCCUCUGUUCACCAAUGGAUGACCUUGACGCAUUCCAACGACAAUGACCAAAUGGAAGAUGAAGAUGAAAGGGCGAAUGGUGAUAUUGUUUCCAGAGCGAAAGCUCUGGGUUUUCUCGCCGGCACCUUGGAGGCGCUCGACAAAACUAUUCUUAGACCCGAUCAAGUCCAGCGGUUGAUCGGCUUCUUCGGUGCCAUGUUUUCCUACGAUCACAAAGCAGGCAUUACAGCGUCUGCGAAAGCCCUACAACAACUGUAUUCCAUGAAGAACUUCAAGCCAGAGAUGGGGAUCAAAGUCUUGGAAGAUGUCUCCAAGCUGAAGGAAGAUUUCCGGCUACAGACUGCCGUUACCAGACUUGAGCUUUAUGAGUUGUUCCUCAGGUUGGUGGAAGACCCAGCAGUCAGCAGUGAACUUCAACACAAGUACGGCUCCUCAUGCGGCUUUGCCCUUGAUCUCCUCCAGCUCUGCUCAAGUGAGCGAGACCCAAGAAACCUUAUGAUCUGGUUCAAAAUCAUCAGACGACUCCUCACCGAAUUCUCACCAUCACCCGAGGUCACCGAAGAGAUUUUCAAAGCUUUCUCUGCCUACUUCCCCAUUUCUUUGCGGAGCUCGGCCACCCCAAUAGGAAUCACAGCCGAGGACCUCAAGGAGGCGGUGCGGUACUGUUUUUCAUCGCAUCAACGUGUUGCCCCUUUUGCCUUUCCAUUUCUCAUGCAGAAGCUUGAUCAAGGGGAUGCAGUCACGGUGGCUGUCAAGGUUGACAUUCUGAGAACCAUCAAGGCGUGUAUCGAAGAGUACGAAAACCCGCAGGCUAGCGUUGUCCCAUACAUCAAAAAGAUCUGGGGGUCCCUGAAAUACGAAGUACGAAACGGGGAGGUAAAGGAGAGCAUCGACGCCACCAUCGAAGUGCUCCGUGCUAUUGCCAGAAAGCUCGAUGGCUCGAAAACUCACAAGCAUGAAGUCACCCUGUUGAAGAACUACAUCGACCUGGUGUUUGGAGACUGCAAAGACGACCUUUCCAAUCCGACCUACACGAAACAAGCAGGUCUUCUGUUAUUGACGGUUGUCACCGCAAGCAUCAAGGGCUAUGUGUUUUACAGUGCUAGCUUCAUCGAUAUCAUCCGCCAAAAUCUUCGACAACCAAAGUCUCCGACUCAUACCCGAGACCUUCUGCUACUUGUGAACUCUAUUCUCAAGACACGGAUAGAGCUCUUCAAGAACCGAAAAGUUGGACAUCCCGAUGAUGAGGAGCAAUUACGUUCCGAGCCACGGACCCACCUCGUUAGCCUCUUCCACGAUGUCUACCUACCAAUAUGGACGGGCAAGGCCAGUGAAUCUGAUUCCAAAGAGAGCGAUGUCCUGAAACAAGUCGCUCUUGGUCUUGGCUUGCUUGUCAGCCAGCAAGCUUUGGAUACGAAGGGCGAGGUGUCACUCCUCUGCUCCGGGGCUAUCUGUUUUGAGAUCUGCAACCUUCUCACUGUCACACUUGUGAAGCCUUUGACCCUGAGCUCCAAUGACAAUCAGAGCCAGGAUGCGACGCUGGAAGAUGACGUUGUGCUUGCUCUGCGCACAAUCGUCAUGAGUUACACAGAUGGCUAUGGGCAUAUUCUCAAGGCAGCCAGAAAGGAAAUCCAGAAGCGCGACUGGACUGGUCCUUCUGAGUAUUCUCUGGAGGCUCUGAAGAUUCUGCUUUCUCGACUGGCGUUCAUCGGGUGCUCAGAGAUUCCGACCCAGGUCAAGUCUGACACGGAGCCGGAACACCCAUACAGCCCGCUGCGGCACUAUGACGCGUGGCUGCGGACGCUAGUAUACCUCUUCCCACUGUCAGCUCAGUCCCUUACUGCCAACUCGUACAUUUUGUCGUCUCUUCAUGCGUCGGUCAUAUGGUUCCGUGACGCCUGUGAAGCAAGGUACGGGACUGGUGCACUGGUCCAGUAUUCAAAUAGCGACAAGAACUGGCUUGCGGAAUUUGAGCAGCUUCCAGGCACAUUCUUCAGUCAGGCGGAGGGUCAAUCUAUACUGCCAGACGAAGUUGCUUCAAGCUUUGGCGAGGAUGACCCCAAGACGUAUCUCCAGUUCCUGCGACUCAGCUUGUUCAUCGUGAGGGGAUUUUACAAGGGUGCCAAUACUGAAGCACCAUGGUCAGAGCAAGCGCUUGUUCAGCUUGCUCAGACGGCUGCGUUGGUUGUGCGAAGCCUCGAUGAAAAGUUGCAGGUGUCUUGUAAUCUGGCCCGCGAGGCAUUCAGCUUGUUCAAGACCUCCGAGGACAAGCCCUGCGCUAGCCCAUUGAGUGGGUUACUCACAGUUGGUAUCCUUCAGGGACUUCACCCGGGUGCUAUGACUGAGCUGUAUCAACCCGGAGGUGUAGCAGAGAAGUUUAUCUGCGAUACAUCCUACCUUGGCUCCUCGCCACGAGCAAGCGAUAUUAAGGCCGCCAUUGGAGCCAUCUAUUCCAACAAGUACCCAGCUGGACCUGCUGCAUCUGAGGAAUACCAGACCUUGAAGCGUGGUUUGGAAUUCUGGACGAACCACAUCAAGAACGCCGUCAGAUCCUCAGACAUCGACUCUGACAGCUUCCACUCCUUCACCAACGUUGCUAUGCACACCGUUGCCGGGGCCGUGGCCCGUCAAGAGAAAUUCGUCCUUGACCUCAUCCCUAUCCUCCACGAGGCGGCUGCUAGCCCCAGCCCCAACGGGGAAAUCGUCGCUCGUUCCAUGGGCAUCCUAGUCCAACCCAACAGCGAAGUUUUGAACAAGGAGAGCCACGCGAACAUCAAGCGGUUCUACAAGCAAUGGGCUUACAACUUCCUCGUCCGCCCAUUAUAUGACCUUGCCCGCCCAGGCAGCGACAAGGACCCCAAGGCCACAGCCCGUUACUCUAUCAUGAUUCUCUCAGUGGUCAAGAACUGUCCUUUUACCGUCUACCAGGACGAUCUCGAGUCUCUGCUGCGUCUCCUUGUCACCGCACUGAGCAACAAGAAGGACGACAGUGUCCUCUCCGAGGAGGCCGCGCAGGCGCAGGUGAUUGCCGCUUUGGAAAUCCUGGUUGAUAUCCUGGCCAACGAGCCAAGCACUCUCAAGGGUUUCUUGAAGGAGAUCAUCAGUGGGACGACCAAGGUGUACCAGGAAUCAGCCACCUCGAACAAGACGCUCCACAAGACUCUAACGACCUGCCGGAAGUUGUCACUGCAGGUGCUCGGUGCACUACCGAAGACGUUUGAGGAGCGCUAUCUCCUUUCUUUCUCGCGCCCAACACAGCGCAUGCUGGCUUCGGCGUGUGGCGACCCUGUGAGAAAGGUGCGUGAGGCUGCGCGGUCAGCCAGGGCUAACUGGGCGAAGGUUGUUUAGGGGUAGGAUAUGAGAUUUGCAGGUAGAUAGAACCCAUCUGAUCCAAUGAGCAGCAAAGCAAUGUGAACCAUGGGUAUCUCUGUUGACUUUUUGCCGUCCACCAAAGGACACCUUCCCCAUACAUAGAUAAACGAAUCAAUUAGCCAGAAACUCGCUGUAG